GUUAGGUAGGGGCGCGGGGAGCCACCAGAGCUGAGCCCACCAUGACCCUCCGCCCGUCACCCAGCCCGACUCUGGCUCCUCUGCUGCUGGCCGUGCUCCUGGGUGGCCCAGUGCUGGCCUCCGAGAUUGUGGGUGGCCGGCCAGCCCAGGCCCACGCGUGGCCCUUCAUGGUGUCCCUGCAGCGGCGUGGAGGUCACUUCUGUGGUGCCUCACUCAUCGCCAGGAACUUCGUCAUGUCCGCAGCCCACUGCGUGAACGGCCUGAACUUCCAGUCCGUGCAGGUGGUGCUGGGGGCCCACAACCUGCGGCAACGGGAGCCCACAAGACAGACCUUCUCUGUGCAGCGCAUCUUCGAGAAAGGCUUCGACCCCACGCGUCUGCUGAACGACAUCGUGAUCCUCCAGCUCAAUGGCUCAGCCACCAUUAACGCCAACGUGCAGGUGGCCCAGCUGCCUGCCCAGGGCCGUGGCGUGGGCAACGGAACUUCAUGCCUGGCCAUGGGCUGGGGCAGGCUGGGCACGAACCAACGGUCACCGAAUGUGCUCCAAGAGCUCAACGUGACCGUGGUGACGAACUUCUGCCGCCGCCGUGUGAAUGUGUGCACGCUGGUGCCCAGGCGGAGAGCGGGCAUCUGUUUCGGGGACUCUGGAGGACCCUUGGUCUGUAACGGGCUUGUCCAAGGCAUCGACUCCUUCAUCCGCGGAGGCUGCGGGUCUGGACUGUACCCAGAUGCCUUCGCGCCUGUGGCUGAGUUCGCAGACUGGAUCAAUUCCAUUAUCCGCAGGCAAGACGACCGCCCCCAUACCCACCCCAGAGACCCUGACAGCAGGACUGUCUAGGACCCGCCUGCCCCCCUGAGGCCGCCAGCCUGAGCUGCUUGUGGCAGCCUCCAAUAAAAGCAACAUUUCCUUCGUA